GUUUUGCAUUUAACCGUAAGACUGAAGCCAAAUUUGGUGCGCUCUCGCGGGCUCUCCACAGAACACAUAUGGUCGCUGGAGGCACCCCUGCACGACGCCCACUGGCGCUCCCUCUACGGCCUCUCCUACCCGGUCUUCACAACGGUCGUCGACAAGCUCAAGCCCCACAUCGCCCUCUCCAACCUCUCCCUCCCCUCCGACUACGCCGUCGCCAUGGUCCUCUUGCGCCUCGCCCACGGCCUCUCUGCCAAAACCCUAGCCUCUAUAUCUUAGUUGAGUGUAGACACAGGACAGGGUUGAACGUGUACUUGUUAUGGUCUUAAAGAAGAGAAAAAAUUAUUUCCAUUUUGUUCUAUGUAGGAAAAGACAUUCUGAGGAUUAUUGUUCAAUGUCUGGAAUUUGUGGAACGCGCAGUGAUGGUAAAGUAGUGAACUGUCCAUAUGGUUCCCCGGCCGUUAAGCCAGAUGCUUUGCUUUCAUCAAAGAUCCAAAGUUUGUGUCCAACAAUUACUGGGAAUGUUUGUUGUACAGAAGCUCAGUUUGACACAUUAAGGACGCAAGUCCAACAGGCAAUUCCUUUUCUUGUAGGUUGUCCAGCAUGCUUAAGAAACUUUUUCAAUCUGUUCUGUGAGCUUACAUGUUCUCCGAACCAGAGUUUAUUUAUCAAUGUGACUUCAGUUGACAAUUUUGGUGGUAAUUUGACAGUGGGUGGGAUUGACUAUUUUGUGACUGAUGCUUUUGGUGAAGGGUUAUACGAAUCCUGCAAGGAGGUGAAGUGUGUUGACUUGAUUUUAACAGUCUUAUACAUUAUACUUAUUUGUGUUUUCUUGGGUUGGGGAUUGUAUCAUCGAGUAAGGGAAAGAAAACCAACAUACAGAAUAAAAUCAGUGUCUAAUGUGAUUAAUGAUGGUGCCCUGUAUUCUCAUAAUAGGGAGAAGGAUGAAAACCUCCCGAUGCAGAUUCAUAUGAUGCAAGAUGUUCCACAAAACAGAAAUGGUGUCCGGCUCUCUGCUGUGCAAGGAUAUAUGACAAAUUUUUACAGGAAAUAUGGAUCAUAUGUAGCUAGACAUCCAAUUAUGGUGUUGCUUUCAUCUUUGGCUGUAGUUCUUCUCCUCUGUCUAGGUCUAAUUCGAUUCAAGGUGGAGACACGACCUGAGAAGGUGCUGGAUUUGGAUCCAAGAGCAAGUAUAUGUUUGGGAAAGUGACCAUCCAGCUCAAGCUUGUGGAGGGUGACUCUGCUGGAACUGUUACUGCUUUCUAUAUGUUAUCAAACGGCCCAAGUCUCAACGAGUUUGAUUUUUCCUGGGCAACACCACUGGUGAACCUUACUCGGUCCAAACGAACGUGUACGUGAAUGGAGUAGGUAACAGGGAGCAGAGACUCAACCUCUGGUUCGACCCCACCAAGGACUUCCACACCUAUUCCAUCUUCUGGA